AUGGAUGAACUCACCCAAGCUUGCAGCUUGAUGGAUAACUUGAUAGCGAAGCGUCACUUAUUAACAGCUGUCAAGUCAGAGAACUUUGAAUUAUUUCCUAAUGACAUACUGUCACUCAUGCCUGCUGAUAAAACUAGCCAUGGAAAUGCUCUAAAAGAGUAUGCAGCGAGGGAAAGAUUUGAAAUGGAAAAUCUACAGUCAGAACUGGAGUUUAUUCAACAGAGUGAUGACAGAGAGAUUGACGACAAGUUGCUUGUCGAACUAAGGGAAAUAUCAUCUACUUUAAAUCGACAUCUGGCCAAAUUUGUGGACGUCUAUGAUAACGAGCUUGCCAUAUGGACAAAGAAUACUAAUGCAGAGAAAAUCGAAUUUGGAUUGGGACCAAGAGUGCGAGAAGCUCACAUACGCAUCUGCCAGUUGCAUGAGACUCUCAACAACAUGGAAGAAAUACGUAAGACACACAAUGACAUUAUGUAUGACGCACCAGGCUGUUCCCGCAAUGUACAGUAUUCGGAACAGAAUACUGAUGAGAUGAAUUCAAAUACCCAGUUAAGCAAUGAUGCUAUUGUUAAGUUGGAGCUCGUGGACGCAAUAUUAAGAGAUGGUCUUUUGAGGAGAAAACGCGGGGUAGCCAAUAAAUCCAUCAAUACAGCCACUUCAUUAUAA